GGGUGUCUUGCAUUUAUUCCUUUAGUAUUAUUUUUCUUUUGUGAAAUUGCAAUAAACUAAAAAUGGUGGAAGCUCAAAAAUACCGCAUCGAGCAAGAAAUGACUAAUCUAGUUAAUGAACUAGAUCGUAGCUAUUUACGAAAAAUGCAAGGCGACAUGCAUAGAUGUGCAUCCAAAUGCUGUGACGAUACACAAUCCUCAUUGGAAAGGGUUCAUGGCUGCAUAGAAAACUGUACUACUCCUCUCAAUCAUGCCAAUAAUUAUGUUCAGAAUGAGAUCAAUCAUUUCCAGAACAGGCUACAGAGAUGCGUUAUGGAUUGCAAUGACACGGCCAGAGAUAGAUUAGGACCUGAUCCUAGUCAAGAAACUAUUGACAAAUGCACUAUAGAUUUUGAGAAGUGUGCCGUGAAGUGUGUCGAUAAACACAUGUCACUCAUUCCCGGCAUGAUGAAGACAAUGAAGAAAGUGUUGGCAAGUGGAAAACCACCACCCACGACAAACGAAUAACGGCAGAGUUAUUUUCAGUGACAGUAACUUACCUCACGGUACAAUAAUUAAAACAUAAACACUAUUAUUAGCCUGGUUCAUAUAAUGAUUAUCGAAUUGAAUGAUUGAUGGAGAUGAGUUCUAGUGGUAAAACUCAAAAAUGAACUAGAAAUAACGCACUUUUUUUUUUUUUUUUUUUAUUGCCCUUGUAGGCAUACGAGCAUACGGACCACCUGAUGGUGAGUGGUUACCGUCGCCCAUGGACUUCAGCAAUGCCAGGGGCAGAGCCAAGCCGCUGCCUACCAACAUCCUAACAUCCUAUCUGUACUCUUCAAUUUACCCGUGAUAAUGGGGUUUGCUAACAUCAAAUCAAAAUGUUAGGACCUCAUUAAAACCGAAAACCUUGGUAAAAAACCCCAUCAAAUAAUAGUGUUUAUAUUGUAGAUAAUCCUGAAAGUUUAGUUGUUUUAAACUACUUAGUGUUUUAAGUGAUUGAUCAAAGUAAAUUUAUUUUUCUGUUCUGGUUUAAAGUGUUGACAAUUGUAUGGAAUUUGUUGAAAUUUUAUGGUUGUACAUAAAAAUAU